AUGCGCGUCAUCAAGCCAACAUGGCUGAGCCAUAGCGGCGAGCAAAAGGAUUUCGAAGUCUACAGCUGCCAUGUGUCCUCGGACGGCAAGCGGCUUGCGACCGCCGGCGGCGAUGGUCAUGUGCGCGUCUGGUCUACUGAGGCCAUCUACGGCGACGCCAAUGGCGACGCGGAUGGCAAGCCAAGGCAGCUCUGCCACAUGAGCCAUCAUCUAGGCACCAUCCACUCUGUUCGCUUCUCUCCAAACAGUCGAUACCUUGCCUCGGGCGCCGACGAUAAGCUCAUCUGCGUCUACCACCUCGACAAGAGCCCUCCCGUAGCUUCUUUUGGACUUGGCGCCGAACCUCCGCCAAUCGAGAACUGGAAGACCUACAAGCGCCUUGUCGGACACGAGAACGACGUCCAAGACCUUGCCUGGUCCUACGACUCCUCAAUACUAGUCUCCGUGGGCCUCGACUCCAAGAUCGUCGUCUGGUCAGGCCAUAGCUUCGAGAAGCUCAAGACCAUCACCGUCCACUCCAGUCACGUCAAGGGCAUAACCUUUGACCCUGCCAACAAGUUCUUCGCCACCGCAAGCGACGACCGAACCAUCAAGAUCUUCCGAUUCACGCCCCCCGCCCCGAACGCCACACAACACGACAUGGUGAACAACUUUGUUCUGGAGACGACCAUCAGCGCCCCCUUUAAGAGUUCACCGUUGACGACGUACUUCCGGAGGUGUUCCUGGUCUCCCGACGGCAACCACAUCGCUGCGCCCAACGCCGUCAACGGCCCGGUGAGCUCCGUCGCCAUCAUAGAGCGCACACGCUGGGAUAGCGAAAUCAACCUGAUCGGCCACGAGGGACCCACCGAGGUCUGCAUGUUUUCCCCGCGACUGUUCCAUACCGAGAACCCGGCGGACAACCCUGCCAACAACGCGCUCGUCACCGUCAUUGCCUCCGCCGGCCAAGACAAGACUCUCAGCAUCUGGAACACCAACACGUCGCGCCCCGUCGUCAUUCUCCAAGACGUUGCCAGCAAGUCCAUCUCCGACUUGGCCUGGUCGCCCGACGGGACCACCAUUUUCGCAGCCAGUCUAGACGGCUCUGUCCUGGGCAUUAAGUUCGACCACGGAGAGCUGGGCUGGGUCGCCAACGCGGACGAGAACGACAAGGCGCUGCAGAAGUACGGUGCGUCGCGCAAGGGCAUGGGCAUUGCCGAGGACAUUGAAGGCCUCAACCUGGAGAACCAAAGCAAAGCUGGCGAGUCCCGUGCUGCCGAGUCCAGGAUGGGCGCGCUCAUGGGCGAUGCGGCUUCUUCCAAGGGGCCCGCACCUGCUACUAAUGGAACGAAAACCGUUGGCAACGGAACGGGUACCUCCACUCCCAAGACUUUGAACGGUAACGUCGAGCCCGAAAAGGAUAAGGAAAAAGACAGGCCGGCGGAGGAGAACGGCGACAAGUCCGCAGAGCGAGUCAAGGAGCUCAAGUCUCGAGUGACUGUCGGUAAGGAUGGCAGGAAACGCGUCGCGCCGCUGCUGGUGUCAUCGUCCGGUACCGGCCAGUCCUCUCUACCCCAAACGCAGCUGGUCGGAGCCACAUCAACAGCCAAGGCGGCGCAGAAUGACGCCCCACAGACGAUUCUGGACCUCGAACGGCCGUUUGAAGGACUGCCCAAGGGUGGCGUUGCUGCCAUGCUGCUUGGCAACAAGCGUAAGCUUCCGGUUGUCGAGGGUGAGGAGGAGGAGGAGGAGGACCGUGGUUCGAAGCGACUGGCGACCGACCCUACCCCGAUCGUCCUCAAUGGUGUCGACGGGGUCGAACCAGCCUCGGUCGUGCCCGCUUCCCAUGGCGUGGUUCCGACGCCCGAGUAUCUCCGACCCGCGGUCCUCAACCCAUCUAUCGCCUUUGCGCAGAUCCGCCUCGCUGUGCCAAAGGUCAGAUCCCACAUCCUGCGCCCGCUGGAACGAGGAGUGCUGCUUCCUGAAAGCAGCACAGACGAAGCCUCCAAGGUGCCGGAGAACAUCAUCCUCGAAGCCCGGAACCCCGUGCAGAUUAGGGACCCUUCGUCAAUUUCGGCUACCAAACGAGGAACGCUACUCUGGCAAGAUUAUCUUCCAAGGGCCGUCAUACUCGUCACAGGAAACAAGCAAUUUUGGGCGGCAGCUUGCGAAGACGGAAGCAUUUACACCUGGACCCCCGCCGGCCGACGGCUGAUGAAUCCAAUCAUCAUGGAAUCCCAACCCGUCAUACUGGAGUGCCGGAAUAGCUACCUUUUGUGUAUCAACGCGGUCGGCCUAUGUCACGUAUGGGACCUCCAAAAGCAGGCAGCACUGCACCCCCCAGUGUCCCUGGGUCCCGUUCUCGAACUGGCGACAACGACACUAAACCUCAACACCACUACGCCAGGCCCCGGCGUCACGUCAGCACAGCUUAACUCGACCGGACACAUCGUGGUGACCCUGACCAACGGAGACGGGUACUACUACACCCGCGAUAUGUUUUCGUGGCAGCGCGUCAGCGAAGCCUGGUGGGCGGUUGGGUCCCAGUACUGGAACAGCAAUGAUUCCUCCAUCAGCGCCUUGCAGUCCACUGCCGUGGGGCCCGUCGCCCCGGCGAAGCCAAAGGACGAGAACACGGCCAACGUUUCCGCCGGCAUCAUCCCCUACCUCGAGCGCCACACGACCAACGAGUUCCUGCUUAAGGGCCGAGCUUACACCCUGCAGCGCAUCGUCAAGCUACUGCUGUCCAAGGACGGCUUCGAGGGCUUCGAGUCCACCGUCAGCAUUGCCCAUCUCGAGAACCGCAUCGCUGCUGCCCUGCAUCUGGACGCGAGGGACGAGUUCCGUCUCUAUCUGUUCAUGUACGCCAAGCGGCUUGGCGCCGAGGGUCAUCGUGGUAAGGUCGAGGAGCUGCUCAACAGCCUGCUUGGUGGCAUCCUCAAGGACAAGGAUGACAGGCCGAGCGACGGUGGCCGGGGAUGGUUCAGCCAAGAGAAAGAGAUCUGCGGCUGGGACCGGAAGGAGCUCUUGAAGGGCGUCGUGAUGAUUCUCGGCAAAUUCCGCGAGCUUCAACGACUUACGAUCCAGUACGCCCGCGUGCUUGACCUCAACCUGGAGAGCGAUGGGGCAAUGGAGAUGGAGUCAUGA